CCGAGGCUCGGCUCUGUGAAUAUUUUUACCUUUACGACAUAAUGGCAAACUAAAGUGCUAAUUGGCCGGAGCUGCUCGAGGUAAUGCGGCCGGCUGCAAUGGGUAAAGAUGAUGAAUGCCCUGACGCCUUCCCAGCUCGAGAAAACUGUGAAUUCGACGAGGUGUGUGAAGACUCCUUCUGUAAAUACAACGAGUUUGUCACAUGCCACUUAAACCGAUGUGGCACCUGUGAAGCUGUCUUUCGUGGCCAUGACAAUCUCACCGUCAACUGUAACCAAUUGACCCCAAAGUGCCGACUGAUGCACCUGGAGAUGCUGGACAAGAGUAAGAUCGGUCGAGGUCACCCUGGAGGCCGCCUUGAUAUGGAUAGCGUGUACGAUCCAGAGUGCGAGAAGAAUGGCACGUUUAAGGCCAAGCAGUGCGAUGAUGACUCCAACUUGUGCUGGUGUGUGGACAGCGCAGGGGUCCGAGUCACCGACAAGACCGGCGAUGACCCCAAAUGUGACAGACUGGUGCGGGUUCACCUCAUCCAGAUCUUGUUUAUAUUCAAUUCUGAGUUUACGUUUCACACAGGAACUGAAGAAGAGGUGCGGAGGAAGCUGGCCAUCAAACUUGUCAAGCAGUACACGCUGAAGGCAACUCAGAUUCUGGAAAUAAGUAUUCAGGAGCACUCCCAUGAGGUGUCCAUCCGGCUCAGCGAGAACGGCACCCAGGACCCUGUCGACGUGGCCACGGUGGCCUACUACAUCGAGAGAGAUCUGAAGAAGAACAAAUUUGAUCUGGAAGUUGAUGGCCGAAAUCUGGAGGUGGAGGGAACGUCCAUCAAAGUCCUGGUGUUCGACAACGAGCCUCCUCGUAUUAACAUGAAGACCAUUUCGCCCGGCUUUGCUGCCAUCAUCAUUGUCAUCGCUUUGGUUAUCCUGACGGGCAUCGCCGUCUUUGUCGUUGUGCGGAGACGAGCAGAACAAGAGAAGCAGAGGUUUCAGUUUGAGGUCAUUGAGGGGCAAGAGCUGGACGAUUAUAAUGUGGGUCAGAGAGAAAUUAUGGGAUAUUACUACUAAAACAACCACGUUACGGCAGUUUCAUCGAGGAGGUCUUGUGUGAAUCUGAGCAGACUGCCACUGAAUGCUGCGGUGGUCUCGUACUGAUGUAAAUAGUUUAAUAUGUUAUUGGCACAAGUAGCACACGUUGUUAAUAUGUAGAUCUUGUUAUACAGCUCAAUAAACAGCCAUUUCUUUUUCACAUAA